AUGUCUCACCUUCCAAUUGUUUCAACUUCCGAGGAAGAGUACUACGGGAGCCUCUCAGCUCCUUCGCAUUGGUCUGAAGCUGAUCCGGUACGUUUUGUGUGCAUCCUGCAAGACCCCCGUUACAAGCUGACUCGUGUAUCAACGACUCAGUCCCAAUUUGUCGGAGUCAAUCAUCCCUACUGCACAGAGCCUCACGUUCCACCCAACGUCUUAACACCGAUCAGUCUCCCAGAUACCAGCUUUGGAACAAGCCCAGCACUUACUCACCCGGAAGACUAUCCAAAAUACCAAUACUCCAACAUAAACGAUGCUAUCCCGGGCUCGCAGGGUCUGGGUAUCUCUGGGCCAUUCCCAAGCGAAUUCCCUCGUACUUCAGCCCCAACUUCGGGCUACUUGUACGCUCCAGCCCCACGAAGCCACCAGCAUGGGAUGAUCCAAACGCCAAACCAGUCACCCGAGGGCCUGAUUUCCUACCCCAGUGCCAGACGCCAGCGCUCUGGGUCAUCUUUGCGCCAGCAACAUGUUCACACGCCCAUUCUACCAAAUCCAGAGGGUGUCAUCCGAAUGGAGCAAGAUCGACAGAAUCCCCAGCCUAUCAAUAUGCCCCCCAAGCCACGAGCUCCGGGGCGUGGUCGUCGAGACCCUCAGGCCGAAGAGGAAGAUGGCUUUGUCGAAAAUCUCCGAAAUGACAACGUCGCUUGGAAGAGAGUGCGUGAGCUAUUCCAGGAACGUUUCAACAAAGACGCCUCCGAGGCCCGUCUACAGAUGCGCCUUCUUCGCCGGCAGCGAGAGCGGACCACGCGCUGGGACCCUGCAGAUAUCCAAAUCCUAAUUAGAGCCCAUGAUAUUUGGGAACGACAGAAAUAUCAGUUCCUAUCAAGCAAGAUGAAAGAGCUUGGCGCUACGAGAUCAUAUUCCCCAGAUCAAUGCAAAUCACAGAUUCGACUCCUGGAGACGAAAAGAUUUCCUCGGGACCGAAUGAGUGCUUCGCCGUCAGCUUUUUCUGAUCCCACUCCUCCUACGCCUUUGCCGCGGAAGAGGCGACGAGAGCAGUCUUUUGAGUCAGACUUCGAGUCAAGUUUCGAAGCUGAGCGAUCAUUCUUCUAG